CGUACAUUAACAACAAUCUGAGGUAUUAACACCUCAUCACGGGUGCAAUUAUACAGAUACUAGUCACGUGGCAUCGAUCGGAAACCCAGCCGUAAAGACGAAACGAUUAAGAGCGUUGUCGGGAUAGGGUUGUUUCACGGUUGUUACACGAGCCGGCUGUCAACAACUGCCGGCAAAUCCCUUGUUAAGUUUGCUUAAUAUUAUGUACCGCUAAUCGGGCGAUUCAAAUUGACAACAUGUUACAGAACGUCCUUGUAUUCCGCUUUACAAAACAGCGCCAGAGAAACUGAUCGUAAAAAAUGCGUCUUACAACAAACAUUACUAUCAAAGGCAGAGCAAAAAUAACAAAAAUGCGUUCGAUUUGCUUUCUAACAUAGUCUUAACAUUCCUAUACUGUUUGUUUCCAUGAGAAGUUUGAAACGGUGCCGUAUGUUCAUUAAUUAGAGCAUGGUACCUGUAAGUGUGUUAAUUAAGACGUCGAUUACUACCGGUAUCUCGGUGGAGCAACACGGGAUUGAUCGUAAUGCAAAUUACACUAUGACUCUUUUGAGAUUGCUUUAUAAUCAAGCGUGAUUGUACGAAUCCAAACGAGGGCUGGGUGGUUCCCUUGAGACUCGGAAUCCAAUCGCUGUUCAAUGACAAGUUUAUAGCUUUCAAUUUGAACCUGCGACCUAUUUCACGCGCUCCGCCAAGCCCGAUGGAAUUUGCGUCUAUACAGGUUCCAAGGCGUGCGUGAGAACGAAUAUCAUCGCCAACAGCUUGACCUUCGGGACUCAAGUCUUAUAUAGUUAACUGCGCCGCUUAGCGCGCCCGAAAAAAUACCGCACGAGAGCGGUCCCACAAGAGACGGUAAUCGGGGUGUCCGUUAAAGGCAUUAAAAGCAGCCAACUACCGUCGCAUUACAAGUUAAUUCACAGCUCGUGAGGCGGCUGUAGACAUGUUUAGAUCUGAGCCGUUUAGACGUAAUUGUGUUAGAUUAGUCAAAAGAACAGGAAGAUAACAAGGUAUUUUAGUUAUAGCAAGCUUUUCUUUAAUUAGAAUUAUAGUAAUGUGUGUUUUAUAAAUCCGUACAAACAAAAUGGUUGAUUGUAAAAUAACAUUUUCAGGAAUUAGUAAUCACGGAAGUAAAAUGUGAGUUUGUUUUUGUUUUAUGCAGAUUUUAUACGUAUGAGAUUUGAAUUUGUGUAAAGAUUUAAAUGAUGGCCGUAAGUUCGUCUAAGCACGAAGAUUAUAAACCGACUCAGCAAAACAAAGCUAACGAGCAGAGGUGUGACCAAAAUCAAAAUACGAAAAGGGUCACCCCGUUCUCGAUCGACGAUAUUCUUUCGACACCCAAGAGCGCUGAAUCCGGAGUUACGGGCGGUAAAACAAAUAACUGCGUGGGCAGGGUGCCUAACGAUAGCCUAACCCAAACGCAGGAGCUCUUACAUGGGUUUUAUCCAUGGCAACAAGCUUCGUAUGCUCAAUGGUUGGACAGUUUGCGUCGAUUGUACGUAGUUUCUGGACUGGAGCCACUUUUGCAAGCUGGCAGCGCGAAUCUACAAAGCCGGUACAGAGGACCAUGUCGCAGGAGGUCUUCAGCAAACGUUUUGCAUGGUAAAGGGUUCGCGGAACUACAUCGUAAGGGUCUACGCUCACCUGUAUUAAGUUCUAAUAGCAGAGCAACGAAACCCGAAAGUUCUAGAGGUUUAAAUUCACCGAAACAAUCUGAGUCUGAUACUGAAGAUAAAAGUUGCCGAGGAAAGCGAAAACGUAUAGAAAAUGGCGGGUCUUUUUCCGGACGAUCGGAACAAGACCAAAAUUCCAAAUCGGACGACGAAGAAGCGACAGCUUCCGAUUCGCCUUUACAUGCUCUGGAAAAAUUAACCUGCUCGACUCUACAGUAUUUGGAAAAAAAACAGCCUAACCUACACACUGUAGCAGUUGGUCAAGAAGUCCGAGCUAAACGACGAAAAUGUCGGACAGCAUUUUCCACCUUUCAACUUUCCGUGUUAGAACAGCGUUUUAGUUGUCACAAAUAUUUAACCCCUUCUGACCGUGACCAUAUAGCCAGAGCACUCGGUCUCACAGCCUCACAGGUAAUCACAUGGUUUCAAAAUAGGAGAGCAAAAUUAAAACGAGAUUUGGAAGAAUUGCAGAACGACAUUAAAACGGUUAACAAGUGGACGCCUACGAAGCUAGCAUUAGAGGGAGAUCUAAAAAGUAGAGAAAAUCUCGAAACUAAGAUUUCUUCUCCGACGCAAAGGAACUCCGUAUAAAGGC